UAUUCAUUAGGUGGGCGAUGAAAGGAAGGAGGUCAGUAGUAACAGACUGAAGAAGAGAGAAAGCAAAAGAAGAUAGUAAAGGUUUUCCUUCUCCUUACUAUAACGUACAUGUGCCUGUAUACUGAGGUAGGUGGAGCAACACUGAAAGAGCAGAGCUUCUAUGUCACAUUUCCCAUUUCCUCAGAUGAAAGAUAGUCUCAGAUACCGCAGUGCUGCGGUGGAGACAAGUCUCUGUGUUUUUCUCUGAAGAAAAAUUCCACAGAAUCCAUCAGGUUUUUGUCAACAAAACAGCAGAAUCUGCGCCAACAGCUGUGAUGUCAACCUUGGUCCCAGAUCUCAGAUAUUAACUAGUCCAGGCUGAGCAAUGGACUCUGGAGCCAGCAGGACGAUGGAGAUGGCGGCGCUCGGCCGACCUUUUGGCCUCGGGAUGUUGUACGACUGCCGCGAAGACUCAAUCGUCCCUGGAAUGACACUGUGGGACCGUGAUGACCUGAUUAAUCAUAUUGGAGAAAGACCGCAGAACUAUAAUGAUUUUGAGAUAGUUGCAUCUGAAUCAAUUGCAGAUAAAUCUUCAGCACUAAAUGUUGAAGGAUCACUUAAGGCAAGUUUUUUAAGUGGACUGGUAGAGGUUGGAGGAUCGGCCAAAUAUCUGAAUGACAGUAAGACUUCCAAAAAUCAGGCCAGAGUAACACUGAACUACAAAGCUACCACAAAGAUCAAGGAACUGUCGAUGGAUCAUCUUGGAAGAGACCAUGUGAAGCAUCCGUAUGUGUUUGAUAAAGGAUUAGCAACACAUGUAGUCACAGCUAUUCUUUAUGGGGCACAAGCCUUCUUUGUCUUUGACCGUGAGGUGUCCGAAAACGAAGAUCAUCAAGACAUUCAGGGCAACUUGAAGGUGAUGAUCAAGAAGAUUCCCAGCUGUGCCAUAGAGGGUGGAAGUUCCCUGAAAAUGGAAGACAAUGAAAAGGUUAACAAAUUGUCCUGCAGAUUCUUUGGAGACUUUUCCCUUCAGAAAUCUCCUACAUCCUUUCAGGAUGCUGUAGAAGUCUACCAAAGCCUCCCAAAAUUGUUGGGAGCCAACGGAGAAAACGCAGUACCAAUGAAGGUCUGGCUGUUGCCAUUGACAACUUUAGAUUCUUCUGCUGCUAAACUCGUCCGUCGGAUAAGUGCAAAGUUAGUUAAAGAUUCACAAAAUGUCCUGGAGGACUUCAGUGAGCUGGAAAUAAGGUACAAUGAUGCCCUGAGAACCACCAUUGCACAGCAGUUCCCACAGAUUAGCAAAAAGAUUAAAAAAGUUAAAGAACUGUCCUCUGAGUUCAAGCUGGACUUCCAACAAACCUUGGCAAACAAACUUCCAUCAAUCCGAGGAGGAGGAGAAGAGGAGGCUGUGCUCGCAGAGAUCCUGAAGAAGAGACAUUCUUCUCCUUUCAACAGCAAAACCUUAAACAAGUGGAUGGACUGUAAAGAGAGAGAAAUUGACACAUUGAUGUCUUUCACCAACAUGAUGAAAAACACCAAGAUCGUUCCAUCUCAAAAUCAUCUGUACAAAGAAAGUCUCAGUGCAGAACAUGCUGUGUGUUUUGUCUUCACCUCAUUGGGACGUGCUGAACCGUACCUCUCAGCUUUAUCAAACUACUUAAAACAAACAACAGACGACCCUCAAGAUACACAUAUUUACGAUGUAGAGAAGGAACAAUGGUACGCCUCAAAAAAAGUAUCAGAAGAAAUGUGGUGUAAAGCAAAUCUCUUCAGUGACUUUGCAGAGGCCAACAAGGAGAACAAGAAGAUUAAGUUCCUGACAGCGGGUUCAACAAAUGAGACACAGAAAGGUUCAAGCAUCUACCUUUAUAAAGGCAGCUUUCCUGUCAGUGAGAACUUUGAGCCACCUUCAAAGCCUGAAACAGUGACAGUAAGUGAUAUUAACCUCAACAGUGUGACGCUGAAGAUUUCUCCACCCAGAUUUGGAGCAGAGGACAUCACCUCCUAUUCUGUUGAGUACUGUGUCAGUGGAGAGGAUGGAUGGAAACAGAAGACAGCAUCAAAAUCUGAAGAAGUCACAGUGAGCAAUCUGAGUCCUAACACAGAGUAUAUGUUCAGAUGCAGAGCAGUGACCUCAGUAGGUGUUGGGCCAGCCAAUGAAGUCAGUGGUUCCACUAAAACGUUACCUUGCAGCCCUCCUGGAAAACCUCGAGUUGAACCAAACUCAAGAGAGAUAUCAGUUAGCUGGGAGAAACCUGCUGGGCUUGGACAAGAUGUCCACAGUCUGAGCUACAUCGUGGAGUACGCCAAAACAGACAACGGGAUGAAAGAGGAAGAUCUCCAAUGGAACGAAAUGAUGGCAGGAGCUGAAAAGGCGAUUAUAUCAGAGCUUCAGUCAGAGACAGAAUAUGUUGUCAGGGUCAGAUGUGAUUGUGGUGAAGCUGGCAGAAGCAAAGAAAGCAUCGCUGUUAACGUCCGCACAACAAAGUUUACACUAACAGAAUCCCUCAGAAGAAAAUGCGAAAAGAUAAAUUCUGAUUCACCAUCAGUUUACAAACUGACUCUGACAGAAGAAGAUGUGAACAUCAGUGGAUGCCGAAGAUUCAGUUUUGGCAAAGAAAGCACAAAACGAAAUCGCACUAUAAUGCUUUUUGGGGUGACUGGAUCAGGAAAGUCCACUCUGAUCAAUGCAAUGAUCAACUACAUAGUUGGUGUAGAGUGGAAGGACAGUUUCAGGUUCAAAUUAAUUGACAAGGAUCAGUCGAGAUCAAAAGCUAAAAGCAAGACCUCUGAAGUCACUGUGUACAAAAUCAACCACCAGGAUGGUUUUAAAAUCAACUACUCACUGACCAUUGUUGACACUCCAGGCUUUGGAGAUACAGGAGGCAUAGAAAGAGACGAGGAGAUCAUUGCACAUCUGCGCAAUCUCUUCUCCGCUAAGCAAAGUGUCAAUGAAAUUGACACUGUGUGUUUCGUAGCUCAAGCUACUUUAACACAACUCACACAGUCACAGAAAUGUUUUUUGGAUUCUGUGCUCUCAAUCUUUGGCAAAGAUGUGGCAGAAAACAUCCGGGUUCUGGUGACAUCUGCAGACGGCCAGCAACCACCAGUUCUAAAGGCAAUCACUGCUUCAGGUGUCCCAUGUCCUAAAACAAAAGAUGGGCUUCCAGUUCACUUCAAAUUCAAUAAUUCAGCAUUGUUUACAGACAACAAAUCAUCUGCAGCAGACAGCAUGAGUGAGUAUGAUGACGAUGAAGAUUUAGGCUUUCAUCAGAUGUGUUGGAACAUGGGGACCAAAAGCCUGAAAAGAUUUUUUGUUUCUUUGAAUGUCAUAGACACUAAAAGCUUGACAAUGACUAAAGAGGUUCUCAGAAAAAGAGAGCAGCUCAGGAAUUUAUAUAAAACUUUGCAAACGCAGGUUAAUUCUGGGCUAGCCAAGCUUGAGGAGAUAAAAGGGAAAACUGAAUAUUUUCCUAUGAUGGCUGAGGUGGACACACUGAUAGAGAGAUCUACUGAGUGUUUCAACAAACUUAAAGAGAAAACACUGAAGCCAAAUCCUCUCUUUACUUCCCAGUACAUUGACAUGCUUAUUGAGGGAGAGAUAUCUGAGGCCAAGCCAGGCUGGAAGCAACGAGUUCUGUCCCUGGAAGCCAUACAAAAACGAUAUCACCGUUUUUUUUACACUUCAGGAAGAAGUUUGAAUCUAGACCCUAACAAGACCUAAACAGAGGGACAUUCUAAAAUGCUUAACGUGAAAAAGCUUAACGUGGUUUAAUGUACCUAAACAACAACCAGUGAUCACCACAUUUCUCAUGGCCAUAUAUUGUCAUGAAUACUUAAGCCUGUCAAAAAAACUAAACCAAAAUCCAAUGAUUAUAGAAGUUAUCUCACAUUAACGUUUUCUUCUUCUUUGGCGCCUAUGGCGAGGAAAAGACUUAACGUGGUUUAACGUACCUAAACAACGAUCAAUGAUCACUAAAAGUCUCUCUCAUAUUGCCCCUUAUAACCACUGAAAACUGUCAAUACAUCAGUGACCUAUUCCAUAUCACUGAUCAUUGUUUAGGUACAUUAAACCACGUUAAGCCUUUUCCUUACAAUAGCCUCAAUGAAGCAGAAACGCUUAAUGUCAGAUAACGUCCAUAAUAAUUUGACUUUGGGUUUGAUUUUUUUGACAGUUUUCAGUGGUUAUGAGGAGCAUUAUGAGAGAGAAAUUUGGUGAUCACUGAUUGUUGUUUAGGUACAUUAAACCACGUUAAGCUUUUUUACGUUAAGAGUUUUAGAAUGUCCCCCUAAACAGAUAACCACCAAGACAAAGACGAGAUCCAUUCUGACACAGAUAAUAAAGAAAAAACGGGACACAAAGUCUCAAUACUGAGAUACUUAGACUUACAUGAAAAAAUGAAUCCGUGUAUACAGCGUAGACAUACACGCGGAUAGCUCAGCUAACACGCCACUUGGCGUGUUAUCUGUACGCAUUUUGAGCAUCGUGUAUGUUUACGUAAAGUCAUGAUGUCAUGUUGGCAGCUCUAUCUCUGCAAACCUGAACAUUUGUAUUUACAUUGUUAAAUUCAGGUUUUUCAACC